AUGAGAAAAGUUCGGAUAAUUACCAAGUUCAAAGGGAGCAAUCCCCUAGCGUUAGAGGAAAUAACCAAGAGUAGUGGGCGAGAGUCCCCCGUGGCGCGCCCGGCUAACAUGAACCACACGCCUGCACCGGACAGGCAGCAUCAGCACGACUCCAAUGUUAAUCAGGUGGAGGAGAUGGAGACUCAAGAUGUGGAAACUGUAGACGCUGUCACUGACAAGACCUGGGACGACGAACUUAUGAAAGGUCCCAACGGCGAGGUAGUCAUGGGCGAGGUUAUGAAGAAUCAGGAGACCACAUCUUCAGAUAUGCCACUGGCUUGUCUCGACACCGAGAUGGAGGAUGACGAGGCGCGGUCAGAGACGACAUUCCGCUUCACGGUACAGAACUUCAGGAACUUGAAAGAUUCCGUACUGUCCCCGGCGUGCUACGUCCGGAACUUACCGUGGAAGAUUAUGGUGAUGCCGAGACAAGCGCCGUCCCCCGACCGACAACAGCAGAAGUCACUAGGAUUCUUCCUGCAGUGUAAUGGGGAGAGUGAGUCCUCGAGUUGGUCAUGCUAUGCUAUGGCAGAGUUAAGACUUAUCUCCCACAAGCCAGAUACUGAACCCUUCUUUAGGAAGAUUCAACACUUGUUUUAUAGCAAAGAAAAUGAUUGGGGUUUCUCCCACUUCAUGGCUUGGAACGAUGUAUUGGACCCCGAGAAGGGUUAUAUAAAGGACGACGCAAUCACGUUGGAAGUGCACGUGACCGCAGAAGCACCUCACGGUGUCUCUUGGGAUUCUAAGAAACAUACUGGAUAUGUCGGUCUCAAGAACCAAGGCGCGACGUGCUACAUGAAUUCGUUGUUACAAACUUUAUACUUUACAAAUCAACUACGUAAAGCUGUUUACAAGAUGCCCACAGAAUCUGACGAUAGUACCAGGUCUGUGGCACUGGCUCUGCAGAGAGUUUUCUAUGAGCUUCAGUUUUCUGAUAAGCCAGUCGGCACGAAGAAGCUUACAAAGAGUUUUGGAUGGGAGACACUGGACUCUUUUAUGCAGCAUGAUGUGCAGGAGUUUCUUAGGGUAUUGUUAGAUAAAUUGGAAAGUAAAAUGAAGGGUACAUGCGUAGAAGGAACAGUUCCUCGUCUGUUCGAAGGCAAGAUGACGUCGUACAUCAAAUGCAAGAAUGUCAACGUCUCCAGCACGCGUGUCGAAACAUUUUACGAUAUACAACUUAAUAUUAAAGGAAAGAAGAACAUUGAUGAAUCAUUCAAAGACUACAUCAGCACAGAGACCCUGGAUGGUGAGAAUAAAUAUGACGCCGGAGAGCAUGGUCUCCAAGAGGCGGAGAAGGGAGUGAUCUUUGCGUCAUUCCCUCCCGUACUCCACUUACACCUCAUGCGGUUCCAAUAUGAUCCCAUCACGGAUAGCUCAGUCAAGUUUAAUGAUAGGUUUGAGUUCUAUGAACAUAUCAACUUAGAUGCGUACCUACAAGAGAAACCCGAGACACCAGCCGACUACACACUACAUGCUGUACUGGUCCACUCAGGAGACAACCACGGUGGACACUACGUAGUCUUCAUCAACCCUAAGGGUGAUGGCAAGUGGUGCAAAUUCGAUGAUGACGUGGUAUCACGUUGUACCAAGCAGGAAGCCAUAGAGUACAACUACGGCGGACACGAUGAGGACAUGACGUUGACUGUCCGUCAUUGCACCAAUGCUUACAUGUUGGUUUAUAUAAGGGACUCACAGUUAAAGACUGUUUUGCAAGAGGUGACUCAGGCUGAUAUUCCUACAGAGUUGAGCGAAAGACUAGCUGAAGAAAAGAGAAUUGAAACCAUCCGUCGCAAAGAACGCAACGAAGCUCAUCUAUAUAUGAAUGUAAAUGUAGUCCUAGAGGAGGCGUUUGACGGUCAUCAGGGUAACGAUCUAUAUGAUCCGGAGAGAGCGCACUAUCGCGUGUUCCGUGUUAGAAAGCAGGCCACUGUCGCUGAGCUCAUGGAGAUGUUAGCUGAGAACUUCAAGUACCCACUCAAGCAGCUCAGGCCGUGGCCUUUCAGUGCGCGUUCUAACCAGACAUGCAGACCAACUUGCCUAGACAUUGUCAACGACCAACACAAGACUGUGUCAGACGUCUCCGAGAAUAUGAACCCGUGGAACAUAUUCUUGGAGAUGUUACCCCCUGACUCCGGCUUCAGCGCGCUCCCGACCUUCGACAAGGAGAAUGAUGUGGUGUUGUUUUUCAAGUUCUAUGACCCUAAACAGAAGCGCAUACAUUACUGUGGUCACCAUUAUUUGCCGAUCGCCAGCAAGCCCGCUGAUCUUAUUCCUAUACUUAAUAAGCGUGCAGGAUUCCCACCUGACACACCACUCGUCCUAUACGAAGAGAUUAAACCAGACUUUGUUGAGAAAAUUAAUAACUACAGCGAACCUCUUGAAAAGGUAUUGCUGGCUCAGGUAUUGGACGAGCUGAUGGACGGCGACAUCAUCGUUUUCGAGCGUGCUGAUCAUCGACACGAGGACCUAGAGCUGCCAACCUGCCAGGACUACUUCAAGUACAUCUUCUACAAGGUCGAGGUGCAAUUUGUGGAUAAGACUGUCCCUAACGACCCUGGGUUUACUAUGGAGUUGUCGAUGCAGAUGCGUUACGACCAGAUGGCGCGAGCAGUCGGACAAAGGCUCAACGUCGACCCCUACUUAAUACAGUUCUUCAAGUGUCAAAACUACAAGGAUACCCCGGGACUUCCACUCAGAUACUCAUACGACGGAAUACUUAAGGAUUUGUUAGUGUACUGUAAACCAAAGUGCCCUAAGAAGUUGUUCUAUCAGAUAUUAUCUAUUAAAGUUAAUGAAUUGGAUAACAAAAAACAGUUUAAAUGUUUAUGGGUUGGUCCAAAUUAUAAAGAAGAUAAGGAAUUAAUUUUAUAUCCAAAUAAAGGUGGUAAAGUGUCAGAUAUUUUACAAGAGGCAGCUAAGGUCGUCGAAAUGUCGCCAGACGGUUCGGGAACAUUAAGAAUCGUCGAGGUGUCGUGUCACAAAGUAUUACCGGGACCAGAUCCUGAGCUGACGCUCGACCAAGUCACCAUAUCGCCGCCCAGACUAUAUAGAAUAGAGGAAAUACCUAGAGACGAGCUCAACUUGCAGGAGGAUGAAAUCAUAGUGCCGUGUGCCCACUUCCACAAGCAGGUGUACGCGACAUUCGGCAUCCCCUUCUACACGCGCGUCAAACAUAACGAGCCCUUCCAGGCCGUCAAGGAUCGACUGCAGAAAAAACUCGACAUACCUGAUAAGGAGUGGGAAAAGUACAAUUUCGCUAUAGUGACAAAUGGCAGACCUAACUACAUAAGUGAAGGAGCGACAAUAAACAUUUAUGACUUCAGGCCAAGUAGUAACGCGAAUCUGUCCCUUCCAGACGCGACGGCCCGGCCGUGGCUGGGGCUGGAGCAUAUCAACAAGACGCCGAAGCGGUCCCGCGUCAACUACCUAGAGAAGGCGAUCAAGAUAUACAACUGA